CGUAAUGGGUCAUAUUCGUCUCCCUGAUAGGCACACGCGACAUAUAAUAGGUAGUAUUACUAGUAGUAUCAGGUGCAGGCCCUCCCCCCUCGAUCCCUUUGUCUACAUUGAGUUAUAUAUUGGGAUAGACCUUCCCCACCACCGUCCCUCUCCUUGACCCCCAGCCAAAACCACAAAUCAGCAUGCUUCUGGAUACCUCUCGCUACCCUGUGGCGCUACUUGCAAGCGCGGUGGUCUUCCUUCUAUAUACCAUCACGGCCCUUCAGCGGAAGUAUAAACAAUAUCGCAUUGCCCGCGCCAACCACUGUCAGCCGGUCCACGUGAUCGUUUCCAAGGACCCCUUCCUAGGACUCGACAACAUCCGGGAGAAUAUCGACGCGGCCAAAAAACACAUCUUACUUGAGCGCGGUCUGUCCCGCUUCCACAAGUAUGGAAACACCUUUCGUGCCCGACGUCUGCGGACCCCGAUCAUCGUCACUCGCGAACCCCAGAACGUAAAGACCAUCUUGUCCCUCAAAUUCAAGGACUACGGGCUCGGAAACCGCAUUCAUGCAUUCGGCCCCCUGCUCGGCCAUGGCAUUUUCACCACGGACGGGGAACACUGGGCGCACUCGCGCGCCAUGAUUCGUCCCAACUUCGUCAAGGAUCAGGUCGCCCAUCUGGAUAUUUUCGAGGAGCUCAUGGGUGAUCUGUUGGCCUUAAUCCCUACCGAUGGCGCCACGGUCGAUAUGCAGGAGUUGUUCUUCUGUUAUACGAUUGACUCCGCGACGGAAUUCCUGUUCGGCCAUAGCGUCCAGACCCUUAGGAAGCGUCUGUCGGGCGUCGAGACGGACGAAAAUGACUUCGCCAGCUCCUUCAAUUACGCGCAGGACGCUAUCGCGACGAGUACCCGUUUGGGCCCGCUGAGACACCUUUUCCGAGAUCGCAAGGCGGAACGGUGCAACCGGGUGUGCCAUGGACUGGUCGAACAGUAUGUGGAAAAGGCCUUGAGAUACCGUGCCAUCUAUGACGAGGAGAAGGCCUCGGCGGCGGACGACAAAAAGCAGAGGUAUCUGUUUCUCCAAGGCUUAGCGCAACAGACUGGUGAUCGCACGCGGAUUCGUGACGAGUUGAUGAACGUGCUCCUCGCCGGCCGGGAUACCACGGCGUCCUUGCUCAGUAACAUGUUCUUCAUGCUAGCGAAGAACCCCCGUAUCUGGAAAAAGCUGCGCGAAGAGGUCGCCUCGCUGGAAGGGCGCGCUCCCACCUAUGAGCAAUUGCGCAAUCUCACAUAUCUCAAAUACUGCAUGAACGAAUCUCUUCGUCUUCACCCGGUUGUCCCUUCGAACGCCCGCUUCGCCGUGAACGAUACCGUCCUCCCUGUCGGCGGCGGUCCGGAUGGCCAAGCACCCGUCUUUGUCCCUAAGGGUUCCAUCGUCGCGUACAGCGUAUAUUCAAUGCACCGUCGUGAAGACUUCUACGGGCCUGAUUCGAAUGAGUAUCGGCCAGAGCGCUGGGUCGAUCUGCGACCGGGAUGGGAGUACCUUCCCUUCAAUGGAGGCCCGCGUAUCUGUGUGGGCCAGCAAUAUGCGCUCACCGAGGCUGGCUACGUCACCGUGCGUCUUGCACAACAAUUUUCGGUUCUCGAAAGUCGGGAUCCUGGCCCGUGGGAAGAGAACCUGACCUUAACGCUGUGCUCGAGAAAUGGAACCAAGGUCAGUUUCAGACAUUAGGUU